GACGCGGGUGGCGGAUCCCACGAUGCGAUAGUACAAGUGCUUCUCCAGCGAGGUGUGUUGUGAUAUCAGACCAACCUAUGCAUUCAGUCGUAUAGCGGCAGUCUGGCGGUUCGGGUGUCUCCGGAAAACGUAAAUUCUCAUCGAGUCCAAAGAUUAGCCACCAUGGAUCGGGCUAGCCUAUAUUUUAUGAGCAAGGAUGAUAAGAACACCUUUGACUUCGACGAGACGCUUCCCUCGCUCCCUCUCCCGGAGCUAAAGGACACCAUGGAGCGCUACUACACCUGCAUCCAGCCCUUUGGGACCAAGGAGGAGUUGGUCCAGGCCCGAAGCACCAUCGAUGAGUUCCAAAAGGGAGUGGGUGCUGAGCUCCACGAACGGCUUAAGAAAAGGGCGGCCAGCAUGAGGAACUGGCUGGGCAGCUGGUGGGAGGACUAUGGAUACCACCUGAUACGGAUGCCAUUGCUGCCCUAUCAACUAAUGGUCAUGCCUGCACAAUUGGAGAUAGUAGGCGUGCCGGAGACCCCGGAAUACAUGCUCAAAAGCUUGGCCCGGCAUAUUUUCUACACCCUUGAGUUCUGGGAUCUGACUCGGACGUCCAGCAUUAAGCCGCUUUCCUCGAACGGCGGAAAGAUCAAGUACUCCUCUGCACUAUACAAGAACUUCUUUUCCACGUGCCGCGUUCCAGGGGAGGAGCAGGACCACAUCGAGAAGCACUUCCUUACCAAGGACGAGGGCAAGACUCCCAGUCACAUCCUGGUCUCCGGCAAGGGACGCCAAUUCAUCUUUGACUGUGUGCAUGAGGAUGACACUAUCUUGACGGCUCCCGAGAUCUUGGUGGUCCUGCAGCGACUGCGCAGCAUCCUGGACUUAGAGCCGAUGGGGGAUUGCGUGCCCACAUUGAGUCAUGAUGAUCGAACCUCGUGGGCCCGCAACCGCAACCGGCUGAGGGAGAUCUCGGCGGAAAACAAGGAGAUGCUGCUGCUGGUGGAGAGCGCCAGCAUGGAGAUUUGCUGGUACGAGCAAUCGCCCAAGGACUACGAGGAGUCCUCGCAGCUUGGUCUCUUUGGUGACCUCCACUCCCGCUGGGCGGAUCGCAGCAGCAGCAUCAUUGCCUUCCGCAACGGUCGCUGCAACUGGACAGGCGAACACAGCUGCUACGAUGGCACCGUUAGCAUCAGCUUUGCCACCUUCAUUCAACUGAGCUUCCUGGAGGUACCAGAGCCCGAUUGGUCGAUGGCUGAGUCCGGUAAAAUGGUGGAGGUCAAGGAGCUGAAGUUCCAACUGGAUGACUCUCUCAAGAGCGACAUUAAGCGGGUGCAAAAAGACAUCGAUGAUAGGGGCAUUGAUGUUACCACCACUUUCACUGUUUUCGAUGACUACGGCAAGGACUUUAUGAAGACCCACCGCCUGCAUCCGGACUCCUUUGUGCAGGUGGUCAUGCAGUGGGCCUACUACCGGAUGCAUAAAGAGAUUGCUCCCACUUACGAGACCGCCCUGAUGCGGCAGUACUACAAUGGUCGAACGGAAACGUUGCGAUCCUGCACUGGCGCUGUGGCGGAGUUCCUGAGGGCCUCCUCCAACAAGCAGGUUGGCGAUAUGUCCCUGGCGAGGGCCUUCCGCAAGGCCGUCGAUGAGCACAAGCACUUUAUGAACGAGGCACGCAAGGGUCAUGGCAUCGAUAGACAUUUGUUUGGCCUGUGGUGCGCAGCAUACGAAAACAAAGUGGACAUACCCGCCUUCUUUGAUGAUCCGAUGUACUCCAAGAGUGGCGGUGGUGGCAACUUCGUGCUCUCAUCCAGCACUCUGGGCUUCACCGCCAACGUCGGCUUCGUGGCGCCCAUGCUCUUCGAUGGCUAUGGCGUCUUUUACUCCAUCACCUCUGGAGCUGUGUUCAUCAAUACCACCGCCUAUCGGGAUAGCAUCAAGACGAGCGCCCGAAAGUUCAACGACAUCUUUAAGGACUCUUUCCGUCGCAUUAGCGUUCUGCUGGAGCAACUGGCCAAGGAGUCCAAGCUAUAAAAAGCUUGCCUAGUAUUAAGAAGGGGAACAUUAUUACUUUAUGUCAACCCUGUUCUCGUUUUAUAUUCCAAUCAAAGCAGUGUAUUUCCGGAUUCUUUACCAUUUACUAUUACCCAAUUUGUAUCAAUGACUGCUGAGUUUAUAAUUUCUAUUUGAAUUGCUGAACCUAGCCCAACUUUUAAUUCCCUAUUCAACCCACCUUUGAUUGGAAUCGUAAUGAGAACUCGGACUUUGAAGCUAGUUUGUAAGUUAGUGUGUCAUCCAAGGGUAUGCAGCAUUCCAAAGCAUCGAAUAUUCGUGUUAAACGUUUAUUUAAAUUCAAUGAUCGAUUAGUUUACGCAAAUACAUUUCUCUCGGUAA